CUCCUCUCUGUUCUUUACAGAGACGUGGGCCAUGGAGACAUCGGCAUCGAGAGCUGCAGAGAAAAAGGACAAAAUGGACGGGAGCAGCUUCUCCGACCUCCCAAAGAAACCCUCCCCCUCAGAGAUGAGAGCCCCCCACCACAUCUUCCCCACCUUCCACACGCCGAUCCCGAUUGACAUGCGCCAUCACGAGGGGCGAUACCACUACGAGCCUCACACGCUGCACGCCAUGCACGGCCCUGCAGGUUUGGCCGGCAGCCCCGUCAUCUCAGACAUCUCCCUGAUCCGCCUCUCGCCCGCCGCCGUGGCAACCGGGGACUCUCCCUUCAGCCCACCUCACCCGUACGUCAACCCUCACAUGGAGCACUACCUGCGCUCGGUGCACGGCAGCCCCACCCUGUCCAUGAUCUCUGCAGCCAGAGGACUGAGCCCCGCUGACUUGACCCACGAGCAUUUAAAGGAGCGCGGUUUGUUCGGGCUCCCUCCUCCUCCUCCCGGGGCCAGUCCGGCGGAGUAUUACCACCUGAUGGCGAGCCACAGGAGCCCUUACAACGAGCUGCUCAUGCAGGGGGCCGGGGCCACCGCGGGGGCCCACCUGGCGGACUACAUCACCCCCAUCGAUGUGUCGAGGUUCUCCAGCCCCAGACUGACGCCUCGACUCAGCAGGAAGCGUGCUCUGUCCAUCUCGCCGCUGUCAGACGCCAGCAUCGACCUGCAGACGAUGAUCCGCACCUCGCCCAACUCGCUGGUCGCCUACAUCAACAACUCGCGCUCCAGCUCGGCGGCCAGCAGCUCCUACGGACACCUGUCGGUCGGAGGGCUCAGUCCCUCCUUCCCCUUCCCUCAUCCCAUCAACCCGAUGGCUUACCAGCAGCUCCUCUCCCAGCAGCGGGGGCUCAGCGCCUUCGGUCACACCCCUCCUCUCAUCCAGGCUCCGCCCUCCUUCUCCAGCCGCCAGCCGGGCCUCGGGCUCUCCUCGCUGCCCCCCUCCGUCCACAACGACCUGACGUCAAAGAACCACGGUGGAGACCCGGCGGUCAGCAGCACCGUCGACCCCAUGAUGACCAAAAGAUCCAAAGUGAAGAGCGAGGCGGAGGGAUUGAGGCCGCCAUCUCCGUGUUCACCGAUUCAUCACAGCAGCUUGUUGGACUUGAAGGACGACGUGGAUCGGGACGAGUGUAAGCAGGAGCCGGAGGCCGUCUACGAGACCAACUGUCACUGGGAGGGCUGCAGCAAAGAGUACGACACACAAGACCAGCUCGUGCACCACAUCAAUAAUGACCACAUCCACGGAGAGAAGAAGGAGUUUGUGUGCCGCUGGGAGGAGUGUUCGCGGGAGCAGAAGCCCUUCAAAGCUCAGUACAUGCUGGUGGUUCACAUGCGCCGACACACAGGGGAGAAACCACACAAGUGCACGUUCGAGGGCUGCGCCAAGGCUUACUCCCGCCUGGAGAAUCUGAAAACACACCUUCGCUCUCACACCGGAGAGAAACCGUACGUCUGCGAGCACGAGGGAUGCAACAAAGCCUUCUCUAACGCCUCGGACCGAGCCAAACACCAGAACCGGACUCACUCCAACGAGAAACCCUACGUGUGUAAGAUCCCGGGUUGCACAAAGCGUUACACAGAUCCCAGCUCGCUCAGGAAGCACGUGAAGACGGUUCACGGCCCAGAGGCACACGUCACCAAGAAACAACGCAGCGACCUGCCGCCGAGGCCGCCCAGGGAGAACGGCGAGAACGAGGCGGGAAACAGAGACAAAUUCCAGAGGGAGGACAAGAUAUCAGACAACAGCUCCCCUAGAGGCGUGGAUGAAUACCUGCACGUGAAAAACAUCAAGACGGAAAACUCUGUGAUGUAUCAGUCCAGCCCUGGCGGUCAGUCAUCAUGUAGCAGCGAACCAUCACCACUUGGCAGCGCCACCAACAAUGACAGUGGAGUAGAAAUGGCGGCACACAGCGGGGGGAGCCUGGGAGACCUGAGCAGCCUGGACGACCUGCCCUUCGUGGAGUCCUUUGGCUGCGACCAUUCCAACGGCGGGAUGGCGGUGUUGGGUCUCCACUAUAGAAAGCAGUUUGGCAUCAGCCAGCGUUUGGAACAGCUGAAGAAGGAGAAACUGAGGACAGUGAGGGACUCGUGUCGAUGGGCCAGCAACCCGACACCCCCGGCCCUCGGCACCAAGCUCCCACCCAUACCGGCAAACGGGUCCCUCCUGGAGAAUCCAAGUACCGGUGGUUGUCCAGGAUCCUUCCCUGGCUCUGGCUUGGGUGAUCUGAGCUCUGGUAAAACGACUCUGUUGGAAAACCUUUCAGAGCGCAGAGACAGCACUUCCAGUACCCUGAGCUCAGUUUACACCCUCAGCCGCCGCUCCUCAGGCAUCUCCCCUUGCUACUCUAGUCGGCGCUCAAGCCAGGCCUCGCAGUUUGGUGCCAACCGCCCCAGCAACAUCAGCUCUGCUGACUCCUACGACCCCAUCUCUGCAGACAUGUCCCGACGCUCCAGUCAGACCAGUCAGUGUGGAGGGACAUCUGGAGGAGCAGGAGGGUGUGGAGGACGUGUUCCCAGCCCUCUAAGCCUUACCCCAGCCCAGCACUAUCGCCUCAAGGCCAAAUACGCUGCUGCCACUGGAGGUGCACCGCCUACACCUCUUCCAUACAUGGACCGAAUGUGUCUGAAGACCAACACAGCCUUUUACGAGGACUCCCAGGAUUCCUCUACCACCAACAAAGGUCUGACAUCAAGGCAGUACAGCAACUACAACUCACGGAGCAUGAUGCCUCACGAGGUCCCGACAAAUAUCCCCCGCCGAGCCAGUGACCCCGUGAGACGUGUGGCCAGAGAUUACAUCAGCCAGAACCAAAUGCAGCGCUACAACAGCAUGGGCACGCUGAGGGGAGGGGUGACCAUGCAGCCUCAUCCACCUCCUGUUGCAGAUCACCUACAUUUAUCCCAGCAAGCGUGCCUCCGCUCAGAUGUUAGUCCCCAUCGCCACGCUUACAGUGUGAGACCCCCCAGCAUUACAGAGAACAUAACCAUGGAAAUGAUAACGAAUGACAUCCCUGAGGAAGACCUGGUGCUGUCUGACAGCAGAGAAACCAACAACAGGGUGCCAACCAAUCACCAAUACAUCCAAGGAAACUCACAUCUCCAGCAGCAGUCGUACUAUCAAAGUAGAAUGGCGGUAGGGAACACCAACAGGAACCCACCUGAUCAGGUUUUGGCCGCCUCCAGCAUGAGUCCAGGACAGCAACGACGGAUGUUUCCAUCUUCACCCCAGGACAGUAAGGUCAACGUUCUUGGUCAGUGCACCAGAGGGUCUGCAGUCUCCUUGGAUGCCGAUCAGCAGUAUCCUCAACCACAAGUCAGAGGAAACCUAGCUGUCCUCCAGCAAAACCAGAACUUUGGAUCUUUCCACACCAAUGUCAGCUCCGAUCAGCAGAUGAUCCCAAACUUAAGGACAACCCCGCAGAGAUGCAAAGAGCUGAAUACUAAACCUGAAGGAAACUGCUUACAGCAGCAGAGUUUCCAGCAGUCGUCAAAUCUGAAUGAAGCAGUUAGCUGUCAGUACAGGUUCAGGGAGGGCAUGAGUCCCUAUGACCAGAAUGGUAACAACACUUAUCAACGUUGUAAUAUCAAAACAGCAGUCACUGGAAGUUUAGUAAGCCCCACAUGCAAACAAGAGCCAGUGGACAUGGACACUAUGGACAUGCACUUUCCCAAAUUUCAGCCUGUGCAAGUUAAAACUGAGGACUGUGACAGAUCAAUCAUGAUUUCAGAUCAGCAACACUGCACCCUGGCCUCCCAGAAUCCCUUGCAAAGUGGCAAUCAGAGCCAUACUCAGCCGAGGCCACCGACAGAACCAAAACCUCUAAACAGGCAUGUUUCUGGGUCAAAGGUCAUGCAGCAAACAAGGAACUCAAGUAAUGCAGACCCUGGUGUUUCUUCUAAGUUACCCAGCAGCAGAGUUUUUGGACUUCAUUGCAGCAGCAGCAACACUGAUAACAACACUGUGUACUACACAGGGCAGAUUCAAGUACUGGAGUCCAACGGGAACUUUGACCAUCUUGUUUCUCCGGUCGUGAAUGUACCUCCUUUUGAAAACAAUGCCAUGUCUUCCAGUUCGAGCAACAACACGGCGUCCAGGACUGCAGACUGUAACUCAGCACUGGAGCAGGAGCAGAUAGACUUUGAAAGCAUGCUGGACGAUGGAGAUCACUCCAGCCUCGUGUCGGGAACCCUGAGUCCAGGUCUGCUCCAGAGCUUGUCCCAGAGUUCCUCCCGACUGACGACGCCCAGGAACUCUGUCACGUUGCCCUCUGUGCAGACGGGGACGGGUAACAUGGCCAUCGGGGACAUGAGCUCACUGCUAACUGCUUUGUCAGAAGAGAGCAAGUUCCUCAACCUGAUGUCUUAGCCACAUGUCAGAACAAACUGCUUCCUCUGACAGAAAUGUACUUACGCCCGGUAAACAUUCAAACAACUCAUGAUGGAUGUGAUUGGAUGCCAAAAAGCCUCAGCAGUGUGAAACUCUUGUACAGUCUCAGUUGUGUAUCAUUUAAAAAUGGCAUUUUUCUACGUCUUUGAAAAGCCAUAUUGAGUUGUUUUGCCUUAGUAAAUAAACAACAGAAUCCCGUCGGUUGUUGUAGAGGUCUGCAGUAAGAAGUUUACUAAGUGCCUAGCUCAGCCAGAACAUGUGCUUACUGUGCAUAUGGUCACGUAUAAAAGGUGUGAAUGCUUCCAGGUAUUAUCUGAUACCUACUUAUUUGGAAUGUAUCAUCAGCACAAACUUACACUGUAAAUGAAACGAGCUGAUUUUUAUUCUAUAUCAAGUUGCUAAUUUCUGUUUUUCCCCCUCCUCCAUCAUCACAGUUUACCGUCACUGUCCUCUAACUAACUGCUGAGAUGAACUGUGACAUGUCAGAGCCAGGCUUCAGAGACUCCAUCUGGGACUGAAUUAUGAACCCAUGCAUUAAAAACCGCUCAAGCUGCUGCAGCGUGAAGAGCAGAAGACUUUUGAGGAAAAAUCAAACUUUUUCUUUUGUACAUUGUUGGACCAGACUGUUGAGCUGGUUUGAUGUAAAUAUCAUUUGUACAUUUUUAAGAAAUACAAUAUUGACAUUGAUUUUUUUAAACUCUGUUUGUGUUGUCCUUCAUACUGAUGCUUUUCAGGUUUUGCACAGAACAGACUGAAGAAAGGUUCGAUGACAGGUGUUUGAGUA